AUGCAGGAGCAACAAAUGGCAGAUCUGCCACCAGAGCGUCUCAAGGCCUGCCCUCCCUUCACGUAUGUGGGGCUGGAUGUCUUCGGACCAUGGCACAUCACUACCAGAUGUACAAGAGGGGCGCAGUCCGAGAGCAAGCGGUGGGCCAUAUUGUUCUGUUGUAUGAGCUCCAGGGCAGUUCACAUUGAGGUGAUUGCCUCAAUGGACGCUUCAAGCUGCAUCAACGCCUUGAGGCGCUUCUUUGCCAUAAGAGGACCAGCCAAACAACUAAGGUCAGAUUGUGGUACAAAUUUCAUUGGGGCCUGCAGAGAACUCAAGAUGAGCGCAGAACAACCAGACACCACUGUGCAGAGGUACUUACACCAACAAGGAUGUUCCUGGGUGUUUAACCCACCACAUGCUUCGCAUAUGGGUGGUUCAUGGGAACGCCUCAUUGGAAUAGCCAGAAGGAUCCUGGAUUCAAUGCUUCUUGAACAUGGCACUCACCUGACCCAUGAAGUCUUGUGCACAUUAAUGGCAGAAGUGGCAGCAAUUAUGAAUGCAAGACCACUAGUUCCAGUUUCAAAUGAUCCAGAGGAUCCAUUCAUUCUCACAGUAUCGAUGCUAUUAACUCAGAAAGCCGGCGUCCCGCCUCCUCCAGGAGACUUUACAGACAGAUACCUCCUCACCAAGCAGUGGAGACAAGUACAAGCCUUGUCCAACAUGUUCUGGAGCCGUUGGAGACAAGUGUACUUGUCAACUUUGCACAGCCGGAAGAAAUGGACUAAGUCCCACCAAAAUCUACAAGAAGGAGACGUCGUCCUUCUCAAAGACAACCAAGCUGUCCGCAACCACUGGCCUUUGGCGGUAAUCACAAAAGCUAUUCCUGGAGAAGAUGGAAAAGUCCGUAAGGUGGAAUUGAAGACCACAGAUCAAGGACAUUCAAAAAACUACCUUAGACCAGUGACAGAACUUGUUUUGCUUCUGAGGAAAGAGUGA